CCUGGCUGAGCAUGCCAGCCCCCCAGCCUUCCGAAACAGAGCACAGCCCAAAAAACCACAUGUCUUCUUCUGAGCCCAUCCUGGACCUCAAGACAGAGCUGGCAGAAGCACUUCCAGCCCACAGCAACCCAGAGGAGCAGGAGCAAAGCCACGGGACAAGCCCUGGUGGUGGGGACAACCUUGCAGCCUCCAACAUGAGCAGUCCUGGUGAGCCCAGCCCAGCUCCAGAGCCAGAUGGGACCCUCCCAAGUGGAGCCUCCCAGUUGGAGGCAGAGGAUCCCAGUCCCACCAACUCCUUGCCGUGGCCAGAGGCUCCCGAGGAGGAAUGUCCAGCCCAUCCCACCCAUCUGGACUUCUCCAAGUCCCUGAAGAAGUUAGAGGAGGUGAAGCAGAUGGGGCAGAGGAGGAACAGUGAGCACGUCAAGGAGAACGGGGUGGAGGUCACCCCCGUGGUGGGGACAGUGAGCGAGGAGAGGAGGAUCCUGGAGACUGAGCUGGGGAAGUGCAUCGAGGACUUCCGAAGGAUCAAGAUCCCCCUCACCUUUCCCAACAAGAAGAGGCAGUGGCAGAGUGAGCUGCUCAAGAAAUACCAUCUGUGA